UCCAACCGACAUUCGUCCACACUCCACCCUAUACAUUCCAAAAAUGCGCUUCAUUCUUGGCGGGUAAAUAAAUUUUCAAAUGUUGGCGAAAAAAGCUUUUCCGUAAGCAACCAUACAUCGAUUCCCCCAUUUCCAUCACUACCGGAAUGAAAUCCGUCCUCCAGUGCUGCUUCCCCCCACUUCUCCCCCCCUUUCAACUUCAAAUGGGGGGUUCAAGCGUCCUCCGGUUAACGAGUCUCAAAUUUGUUUUGAUUCUGUGUUUUGGAUCGGAAAAUAAACCGCCAUCCUUCGUUUUGAUUAGCUAGUGUUUAUAUCAACAUUAAUAACCGAAAAUGGUUAUGGACCAUUCUACACAUUGUCCUGGAUUGUACUGUGGUCGUAUAAAAAUAAACGGAACAUGGGGUGAAUGUGGAGCGUGCCCUAGAGGAUUUCGUGCUGCUGCGAAUUCAGUUUGCAUCCCGUGUAAAGAUGUGCCAACUUUUUAUGAUUGGUUUUACUUGGGCUUUAUGCCUUUAUUAUUGUUAGUACUUGAAUGGUACAUAAUCGAUCAGACAAUGAAAAGACGAAAUUUCACUAAAGAUGUAUUGUCGCUACAUAUUUGUGCACUGAUCGAAAAUGUAUUAUCUGCAUUUUCAACUUUACUUUUGACCGAACCUAGAGGAACUUUAAAUAUCCAUGCCUGCAAAGUUAAAAGGCUGUCUGAUUGGUAUACAAUGCUUCAUAAUCCAACACCUAAUUAUGAAAAAACACUACGAUGUACACAGGAAGCCGUGUAUCCAUUGUACUCCAUGGUUUUUAUUCAUUAUUCAUUAGCACUAUUGUCAAUGCUUAUUAUUCGGCCAUUUGUAGUCAAAAAAAUAUCUGGUGGAAGAGGAAAAAAGUCUAUUUAUUUUACUAUGUAUCUGAUACCAGUUCUUGUUGUACUGCAAGCUACAUGUGGUGGUUUGUUGUAUUACUCUUUUCCCUAUAUUGUGAUUAUUCUUACUUUUAUAUCAGUGGCUGCCCACCUUGCUUUCAGACUUGAUCAAUCCAUGGCAUCUUUAUUCCUAACAUCUAUUCAAGAUUAUCGAAACUUGGUGAUUCUCUUAGGCCAUUGGUUGCUUCAUGCUUAUGGAAUUAUUGCCAUUACUCAGCUGACAAAUCCAGUGUUGCACAGUUCACUCCUCGCAUUAGUUCCAUUUCCGACUGUAUUUUAUAUUCUCACAUCUAAGUUUACUGAUCCAAGUAAAUUACAUCCAGAUUAAAAAAUUAUAUAUUCACAAUUGUCACUUCAUAUGAGUGCCAUUUGAAGUUGUAUUUAAUAACAGGUUUUUGUUUUAAAAAAUCGUUAUGUAAUUUGUUAAAACUAUUUUUAUUAAAAAAAUCUAUUGGAAGCUGUAUUUUAGCUUUGUUUUAGAUAAUUCAGAGAAAUAUUAAAAUUUUACAUGUACAUAUAUAUUCAAUUCUGAAUUGUGGAAAAUAUCAAAACUUUUGUAUAAUCAUAUUUUUCUUGUUUUGUUUUUUUAACAAAAAUGCUGCAUAAUUUUCAUAAUUGAAAUUUAUUAUAGUUAUUUUAUAAUGCAUUUUUUUCUGUGUAAUUAAGUGAUUUUAUGUUUUCUGGUGUUAUGGUUAUUAUUUAUUGUUAUAUUUCUGGAGAGAUUUAAUUCUGGUGUAAAUAAAUUAAAUGUAAAUAUGUUUAUAUGAAGAUAGUUUUUUAGAUUUUUAUUUUUGCUGGUGUUUUCCUGUGUGAAAUUCAGUUAUUCAUUUAUAAAAAUUAGAAUGCUAUAUUAUUUCAGUUUUCUCUUAUAAAAUAAUUUUCAUUGAGAAUGAUAUUUUAAGGUUUCCGAAAUAAACUAAAUUUUUAUAAUUAUAUCAAUGUUUUAACACCUUUUUAUAUAUAUUAUUUUUGAAACCUAAGUCACUUUAGUUCAUGGUAUUUUUCAUGAUUAUAUACUAUAUAAUAUACAAGGAUAAUAAGGAUUUGCUUUACAUUGCUUUAUUUUGAAAAUUGUAUUCAAAUUGCAUUAAGUUUUGCACAUAAAUACUUGUUUGGUAUAACAUUGAAACAUAAAAAUCUUCAAUCCUUAUAAAGUAGAAUUAGUUGCAGCAAAGUAGUAAAACAGAAUUUUACAUUUUGCCUAUUUAUCUAUUGUUAUGUUUAUAUACUAAAGUGCAAACAAAAUAAAACUUUUGAUCAGUUUCUCAA